AUGGGACAUCGUCACAAUUCCUCUUGUCCAACUGCUCCCGUUUUCCACAACCUCCGGCGACUGCCUCGCUCUAUUGCCCCACGCAUUCUACAUGAGAUGAGGAGCCUGGAAGGCAAGGUGUUUGCAUCCCAUGAAAUAUUCCCAUUUGACGAGAAAGUCCUCAAGCAGCGCAAUAUGGAAGUGAUUGUCGGACUCUCGGAUCGAGCAGGAUGUUCGACCGUUGUCGCCUAUGCCGUUGUUGUGAAAUGGAACCAUCGACUUCUUUUGCACAAGAUCUGCGUGUCACCAGCUGCAAGAGGUCAUGGAAUUGGUAGCUUAUUGGUACAGAAAGUCAUCGAGGACUCGAAAUGCUGGUCUUGUCGCGCAAUUGAGCUUUGGGUCGACGAAGCAAACCACAUCGCCAGAGGUCUGUACUCUAAAUAUGGGUUUGUGGUGGAACACACCGUCCCCGACUACUACUCACCUGGCAGGAAUGGGCUCAAAAUGGUCCAAAAUUUCCAGCCUUGA